GUAACAUAAAGAAAAACCUGAUAAGAUUUAUUUCAAUUUUUGUUUUGUCACGCAAUGCCCCACGUGGGAUAUUGCGUUACAGAAACGGAUGACUGCGUGGAGACUUCGGCUAGUUGAAAUUUUCAAUAUGGCGCUGGCGUGGAGUGGGUUUUCCAACACGUUAUUUGCAGCUAAAUAUCGAGGAAUAUUGUUGGUUAGUGCCUAUUUCACUUCGAUAGUCCUACUCUCACUUUCCACUAGACAAAUUUCCGCAACAAAUAGUCAGCAAUCUGAAUUGUAUCACCGAAAUGUGACUAAUAUCGUGUUGAUCGGCGCCAGUGGAGACCUCGCGAAAAGAUACUUGUGGCAAGGCUUUUUCAGGCUUUUUAUCCAGGAAACAAAUGACGGAAACACCUUAAGAUUCUACCCUACGGCUCGUGAUAAAUUUGAGUUAGGUCAAAAGAAGAUUGAUCACAUCUUAGAAGAGUCUUUGAAGUGUUCUGAAGGCGAACACUUAUGUAGUAUCGAGAAGGAGAGAUUUGUGGAUGAAAGUGUCAAGCAAUAUCAUCGUUUAAAAGAUGACCAAGACUACUCAUCUUUGUGUAAGAUCAUUACGGAUAAUAUGGCACCAGACGAAAGGGAGAAGGGUCGGAUAUUUUACUUGUCAGUGCCUCCAUUUUCCUACACGGCCAUCGCGAAAAGGAUCGAUUCAUUCUGUCGCCGGCGUGGAGAUAAACAAACACGGCUGCGUAUUGUUCUAGAAAAGCCUUUUGGCUCCGAUUUGGCCUCUGCGAUGGAGCUAGCUCAAAACCUGUCCCAAUAUUUUCAGGAAAACGAAAUCUAUCGGAUAGACCACUAUCUUGGCAAAACAGGAGUUUCACAGAUCUUGCAGUUUCGCUUUGACAAUCAGGACUUAUAUAAAGAUCUGUGGAGCAAAGAUCACAUAGAGAGGGUGGAGAUUGUUUUGAAGGAGAAAAACGACUGUAAGGGUAGGACCAAAUUUUAUGACCAUUAUGGUGUUAUCCGCGACGUGAUGCAAAAUCACAUGACAGAACUCCUUGCUUUGGUUGCCAUGGAGAUACCAAAGAGCUCUGGGGAUAGAGAGAGCAUCAUGCAAAACAAACUAAGGCUUUUGAAAGAGAUCAAACCCAUGAAUAGAUGGAGCGGGAUUAUUGGCCAGUACCGAGACUAUCGCAUGCACCACCAUCAGGAGACUGAACAACAUCAAAAUAGCAAUACACCAACAUUUGCUGCUGUGACAAUGCUUAUUAACAGUGCAAGAUGGCAUGGUGUUCCUUUCAUUUUGGUAUCUGGAAAGCAGCUUGAGGAGCGUACAGCAUAUGUACGAUUAAUCUUUAAGGACAAUGUUCAUAAACUGCAUGCCAACUCAGUCAAUGAUGAUAGAUGUGAUGUCAGACAGAUUGUCUUUAAUAUCCAAGGAGAAAAACUUCAAAAACCUGGUAUAUAUCUUUCAGGACUUCUUCCCAAGCCCAAAUUAUUUUCUCCAUUGACAAGUGCUGAAAACAAAAUGCAAAAACUGUUUGGUUGUUUUGUCAACAAUUUUGAUACUUUCAUUCAAGACAGCGCAGCUGAUGCAUACACAACACUAAUAUCUGCUGUGUAUCAUGAACAAAGGAACAUAUUUGUUGGAACUGAAGACCUGUUAUCUUCCUGGAAAGUCUGGUCGCAGUUUUUAGACAGUAUGAAUGGUGUUGUGCCACGCCAGUAUGACCAGGAAAACUUGGAUGUGUUAAAUUUUGUUACAUCAGGAGAAAGAGUUCAGUUUUUGUGGAGUGAGGUUGAUGGAAGUUGUGGUGCAACUGGACUUUGUCAAUCGUCUAAAACAUCAAACAAUCACAUUUACAAAAGAAAGAUGUUUAGAGGAAAUGCUCUAGUGACUGGAGCAAAAUCCCAAGUUAUAAGAACUCUAGCAGACAAAAUCAUAGACCAUGCUCUUGGGGCUGUUGCUCUGAAAGGAGUAUUUCACUUGGCUUUGUCAGGUGGCACAUCCCCUGUGAUACUAUAUGAAACCCUUGCUUUUAUGGCCAAAGAGUUCCCAUGGCAACACACCCACAUAUGGCUUGUGGAUGAGCGAUGUGUGCCAAUUAGCAGCAAAGAAUCCAAUUUUAACUUAAUUUACCACAAACUCUUGCAGUAUGUCCCUGUUUCCCCCUUUAAUACUCAUGACAUGAAUGUCAUGUUAAAAAGUGGACUGUGUCAUCUGGAUGAUAAAGGGGCUGAGCACUAUGAGGCAGAACUCAAGAGGUCUCUUGGAACAGAUCAGUUAGAUUUUGUAAUUCUUGGUAUUGGUGCAGAUGGACAUACUGCAUCUCUGUUUCCACGUCAAAAAGUUCUUAACCUGACAGACAGAUGGAUAAGUCUUUCAGAAAGUGGCCAUGACAAUAACAUCAGACAAAGAAUGACAAUGACAUUAAGCUUCCUUAACAGGGCAAAAACUGUAGCAGUUCUUGUUCUCGGUGAUCAAAAAAAGGAAAUAGUGAAGACAAUUUCAAGUGGUGAUGUAGAUACCUGGAACUAUCCAGUAAGUGGAAUUCAUCCAGUUGCUGGAGAAUUAACCUGGUACAUUGACAGUGAAGCUCUGGGUAGUCACUAAAAUCCAAAGACAUGGUUUGCGAGGGCCUUGAAAGUGCUUGAAAAUAAAAAGGAGAAUUUUUGUUGAAACAUCCAUCAACUGUUAUGGUAGUAGUGAAAUGUAAGUUCAGUCUUGACUUGAAACUCAAUACAGAAACUUGGUCUAUGA